AUGAAGGUAGCCUACAACCCCGUGCUCGAGCAAGACCCGCAGAUCAUCGCUCAGGUGAAUCCGGACCUCAUACUCCACAUCGGUCUCGCAGCCGGGCGGAGUUACUUCACGCUCGAACGCGGCGCGCAUCGCGACGGAUACGACCAGAUUGCCGACGUCGAGGGACACAAGUUCUCCGCCGAGCGAAGCAGCAAGGUGUUUGGGGACUGUCCGGCAGUGUUGCAGCCGACGUUCCGCGUCGAAGAUGUGUGGCGGCGAUGGAGAUCUGAGUUGGCGGAUCAGGGGAUCGAUGUCAGGCCGUCGGAAGACGCGGGAAAUUUCCUGUGCGGCUUCAUCUACUACACCAGCUUGGCGUACUUCUACAAGAAGGACGGGCGCGAGAGGCCGGUCAUGUUCUUGCAUGUUCCAGUGCUACCUAAGGAGGAAGAUGUUGCCAAGGGGAGGAAGGUUGCGGAAGCUCUGAUUAGAGCGCUCGUGGACAGUAGGCGGCAGCGAGGAGUUGAGGAUCUCGUUGCUGCGGCGGACAUGACCACGACGAGCACCGCGCCGAUGGAUGUCAACUUCAGGUGA